UUCAUUCACAGACUCUUGUGGAUUGUCUUGAAAAUGGUCAAAAUUGCACAGAAUAAAUUGCUUUCCGUAAUUACUCAAUUCAUUCUUUUGGUGCCAGUCUCUACGACAUGCUUUGACUCCUCCAUUGCCCAUCCACUACCCGAUUAUGACCCCAGCCACCCAAUAUUGCGCGAUGCCUUCGCUCACAUCGCCGCAUUGUUGGAGAUUACGACAGAAGACCCUAAAUACGAUUCCUCAUCAUUCUCAAUCGAGAUCACAUCAUCGAAAGAGACUUUGUGGAGCCACCAUCAUACAGCUCGCAAACGAAACGCAACCCGACCCGACAUUCCCCAAGUAAAUGGCGAUGCAUUAUACAGAAUUGCUAGCAUUACCAAGACAUUUACCGUGCUUGCAAUCCUUCAGCAACAUGAGUCUGGAAAUUUGAGUCUAGAUGACACUGUGGAUAAGUAUCUCCCGGGCUUGUCGCAAAAGCAAAACGGCACAAUACCGUGGACAGGGAUCACACUGCGCUCACUCGCCAGCCAACUUAGCGGCAUACCGCGUGAAUUCGGACAAAGUGAUCUGAUCAAUGCAGACGCGAACAGUCUCUGGAAACCCGAGGACCUGGGUCUUCCUCCCGUCUCUCGCGAAGGUCUGCUGCAAUGUCAUGAAUAUUCACCGAACUUCAAGACGCCUUGCACAGGCGACGACCUCUUACGUACGGUCAAAAAUUUGGACCCAAUAUUCCAACCGAAUCAACAAUCGACAUACUCAAACCUCGCUUUUGAGAUGCUCGGACUAGUGAUCGAAAAGGUUACCAAUCAGACCUACGAUACAUACAUCCAGGACGCCAUUCUUACACCAUUAGGCAUGUCCAAAAGUACUCUGUCUCUGCCUCCGGAUAGUGCAGGCGUAAUACCGUUAGGGUUUCAUUAUUGGGAUGUCGAUGAGGGAGUGCGGAAGCCGACAAGUGGAAUAUACACCUCUUCAAGCGACCUAUCGAUCUUCCUGCGCUAUGUCCUAACACAUUACAAUGACAUCACACCGAGCUUGAAUUGGAUGAAUGCUGUUUCUUCAUCCUUGAAUCUCAACACUUUUUACGGCAUGCCAUGGGAGAUAUUCCAGACUGAGCGCAUCCUAUCCGAAUCACAACGCAACGUCCGCUUCGUAACCAAAGGUGGCGGGCUCCCAGGUUACAUCACACAGAUAAUUCUGAUGCCGGAAUACGAUCUUGGUAUUACUUUGCUGCUGGCUGGUCCUCUCAGUUCUCUCACGGAGCUUAUUGAGAUCGUCACUGUGCAUGCUACACAGGCAGCCGAACUGUAUGCCAUUACCGAACUCAGGCAGUUUUAUGCUGGGAAAUUCGUGUCUUCAGACCCAACCCUUAAUUCAUCUAUCACACUGGUCGCUGACCACCGUGGACUAUUCAUCGAAUCGUUCAUCUCAAACAGCACAGAUGUUCUGUACCAACUGCAGCACGCACAUCUGGUAGAAAGCGGAACUCCCAGGUUUCAGUUGGUUCCAACGCUACAGUAUCAGGAUGCUGAUGCGAAGAGAGGGUCCAAAUGGCGAUUCAUACCCAUUUCCGACCGCCCCUUCGAAGGUCCCGGAAUCUGGGACGAUUUCUGUGUUGCCGAUGUGGACAAGUUGAUGUAUGCGGGGCGAGUUCUCAAUGAAGCGAUAAUGUGGCGGGCGGAAGACGGCGCCUCCUUCAAUGAUAUCGAGCUGCCUGCGUACAGAGUCAAGCUCACUCGUAUCAUCGCGCAAUCUGAAUCCCCGAACGAAGAGGAAGAAAUCAUGGAACUUUAAUGAUGCUGUCCGAAAACGAAUUUUUACGUUGUACAUGGCGAAUGAUGCGGUCGGAAUUCUUCUGUAAAUUAGGACAGACUGCUAUAAUAUCAAGUACUCCUUAGUUGUGUCUCAGCACUUUGAUCCCUUUGCGUGGUUUUCCAUCUUCCUUUUAUGGAAAGAGAGAGUGAGGGUGCAUAUUGUCUAAACUAGUUGCCGUAAAGCUCCAAAAUUGCACUCAUAUUACUGAAUAUCAGGUGUCUAUAGACCAGGCCGCUGUCUUCACCAGGCACAGCGCAGUGGUGUCGAGGUUGACAGGACCGGCUCUUCUGAAUCGCUGUCCACGCCACAACACGCUAGACGUUAGUUGCCGCUAGUUACCGCUGGUUGCCAUGAGCCCUCACUCUAUGCUCGCAAUGUCAUGUCGUUGACAGCAUCCCUUUUCCAUUUUUAACAGAGGCACGAUCCGAGACAAAAAUAUUAUCAAAUGUAAUCUUGACUGUAGAAGAUGGUGGAAGAAUUUUGCUGAUGUUCUUCAUGCUGUGGCGCACAAUAUGUGAAGGUGAACGGGCGUCCAGCACUCGAAUGCAUCAAUUGAUAAUUGUUGAACCAAAUUAUUCCCUUUAGCACGGAAAUAAGGCGAUUCGUAGAAAUAUAGACAGUGGCAGUGCGAUGGGCUCUUUGUGUUGACCAGACGUAAAAUAUUCGAUCCAGUCUUCUAGAAUUGAAUGUCACGGCGAUCUCGAGCAAACACUAUAGGAGGACUUCACUCAUGAUGAGACACAAUCGACGCGUAGUAUCGUGACUCGACAAAAGAUUAUCUAAUUGAAUAAAAUUCACAGUGGUGGAGACGAUAGCUAAGAUAUAUUCACU